CUCCGCACUGAUCGUGUCCGCAUUGUCGCUCUGUUCAAGAAGAAAGAUGGUAUCUCGAAGGAGGAUUUCGACAAGUUCUGGCUCGAUGACCAUUCGAAGCUUUUUAACUCGCUCCCUGUAGUUAAGAAGAACAUCCUCAAAUAUGAGCAGGCUCAUGCCAACCCUGUUGUUAGCCAAGCCAUUGGCGAGGCUGGUCUGAACGUUUCCCCAUGGGACGCCAUGGCCGUGUUUGAGGCUGCAACCUUCGAGGCCCUCACAGAGGUCUUCACUGACGAGGAGUACCGCCGUGUUGUGGCUGCUGAGGAGCUAAAGUUUUUCGAGAAG